CUGUUACUACCGGACUCGUUCAUCCCACAUUAUUCCCCUAUCCGUGGAUCACGACGCUUCAUGCUGCUCGAGUAAGCCUUGCGUUCUGUGCCCGUGCACAGGCAUUAGGAACAGUUAUGAAGAUAGAUCGUGCGGCAGAAUAUGCAGGGUUCCUGUUAAUGUGCUGGGGCGGCACUCUCGGCGUCCAUUCCCUGCUCUCUCUCCCACCGCCUCAAAUCCUCUCGCUUCACCCAUACAUCAACUACUUAACCCCUCAUGUCUUUCUCUCCACUCUCUUCUCCCAAGCGUUCCCUUCCCCUUCCCUCCUCAAAUUUAUUGACACAGUUCUCCCCAUGGUUGAUGCCAUCCUCCGCACAGGAGGUAUCACUUCCUCGAUCCAUCUCGCUCUCACGCACCCUACUCACCCACAAUUGCGAUCAUCUCUGUUCCUUCAACUCCUCUUAGGUGCUGUGGCUUCAGCAGGGGGAGGUGUACUGGCAGGAACUUUGAACGUCUUCUCAGCGCAUUGGUCCUUCACCACCCCUCCCUUUCUUCGCUCAAACACCCCAAGUGGCUCAUUCCUCGGGACCUUGGACAUAUGGAGUGGGAGUGUUGUCUCCCUCAUCUAUGGGUUCUUGAUCGGCUCACACCCCUCAUACGCGCCUAUCCAACGAUUCCUCAUCUCAAACGCACCCUUCCUCUUUGGGAACAUAGACAAGGAUAGCUGGUCGGCGCCGUUACUACAAGGAAGCGCAGUCCAGUUGAUGACCCCUCUCGAGGCUCGGAGUGUGAGCGUUAUCGUGCUCACUUUGAUCUAUGCUUAUAGAGUCUACGCCGUGCACUACCGUGCGCCGUCAAGUGCAAAAAUGGAUGCGAGAAGGAUUUGGAAGAAUGUCAAGAGCCAGCAAGGGACGCCGGUGAAGGCCGAUGCUUCUAAAGAGAAGACAGCAUAAUCUCCAGAAAGUGCUUCUAGGGAAUGUCUUCCCCAGGAAACGAUAAGAUCUUCGGAAGGAUAAAUAGUAUAACGUCACGUUUCAACAGUAGUUCGUGGAUCGAGUAUCUUGUUUGCAUUGAGACUCGUUAAUUACAAACUCCAAGAGAUGUUUUCCGCUACUUCGUGCCCAAACGCUAUAACGGGCGAAAAUACUUCAGGACGGUGGGGGUUGUUAGCAGAGAAUUUUACUGAAAUAGGCUGAGUGUUCCGGUGCCCCUUGCUAUAAAUCCCCGAGGCUCUUUAUUCUUUGAUGUCAUACUCGCGCACCGCCCUUCUUCGUCCUGAAAUUCAAGAAUUCCGAUGCAAUUAAGUAGUCGACAGAUGACAUCAUCAUGCAAACAACGAUUUUUU